AUGACUUCUUACGGUAACCCAUCGCAAGGCCGGGGCGGCGAUCGCGACUGGCAAGGCCGCGACUUCAGCGACCCGGCAUCCCAGGGUCAGGGUUACGGUCAGACCCAGGGAGCCGGCCGUGACUGGCAAGGCGAGGACAACAGCGAUCAACGUUUCCGCGACCAGGACCAGGGCUUGAGCGGCCAAGGGUUCCAAGACCGGCAGAGCGGUGCUGGUGGCUGGCAAGGCGAUCAGAGCCAGGGGCAACAGUGGACUGCCGGCAGCGGUGAGAACUACGGUUCUACUGGCUAUCAAGGCGACACUACCGACUCCAGUACGUAUGGUACUGGAGGAGACUAUGCUCGCAGCGGUGCCGGUGCUCGGGGCGGUCAAGGCCUGGGUGACGACGAUUACAACCAGGGUACUGCUGGCUACAAUCAGGGCACUACCGGCUCGGCUGGAAACCAAGGUAGCGGAAAGCCAUCGCUUGGUCAGAAGCUCAAGGGCGAUUUCCAAGAGAUGACUGGAAAAGUUACUGGCAACCAGGCCAAGAAAGACCGCGGCCAGCAGGAAAAGUCCGGCUGGUAA